AUGGCAACUAACAUCCACUACCACCCAACCCCACUGACGCCCAAGAUUCGAUCCGGACUACGCAAACAAUCCGGCCUGACCAUCUGGCUCACGGGACUAUCCGCCAGUGGUAAAUCCACCAUCGCCGUAGCUCUAGAACAGGCCUUACUCCGACAACCCUACAACAAAGCCGCCUACCGCCUCGAUGGCGACAACAUCCGCUUCGGCCUGAACAAAGACCUGGGUUUCUCGCCCAAAGACCGCGAAGAGAAUAUCCGUCGCAUCGCCGAGGUCGCCAAACUCUUCGCCGACUCGGCCACCAUCGCCAUCACCAGCUUCAUCAGCCCAUACCGAGGAGAUCGCGAUUUGGCCCGCCAGCUCCACGAGGCUGAGAGACCCGGUGGCGAUGCCGGCGUGCCCUUUGUCGAGGUCUGGAUCGAUGUCCCCGUCGAGGUCGCCGAGCAACGUGAUCCAAAAGGUCUGUACAAGAAGGCUCGUGAGGGCAAGAUCCCCGAGUUCACCGGUAUCAGUGCUCCCUAUGAGGAGCCCCUGAAGCCUGAGAUCCAUAUCCACAGCGACAAGACGAGCGUUGAAGAUGCCGUCAAGAUCAUCGUCAAAUAUCUCGAAGACAAGGGAUAUUUGAGCACUCCUGAAGCAGUCGACGACGAGUCUUAG